CUAACAGCACGGUCACGUAAUUGCCCGCAGCACACACCUGAAAGCAGAUUUUUUUUUCAUUGACUCAUAUGCUAUUGCUUCUGAAAAUACAGAAAAUAAGAAUGAUCUCAACCAGGAACCAACAGUUAUGCAACAGGUCAAAUUUUCCUGUUCCCGUUGGCAGAUCAUUUUGCUUAAAUAAGUGCAGUGACAUUAUUGUCAUUAUCAUGGUGUCCACGAGGGUUGAUGUAUUGUUUGGACAUGCAUGCUCCCAGGCAGGCGUCAUUCGACUUCUUCUGUGACGCCAACCCUUUAAACGUGGCGACACGGACUAUAUUUAGGAUUUCACAGUCAAAGGGUCGUGGGUGAGCUGGAGCGGGGUACACCCUGGACUAUGGACUAGUGACAUGAAAUAUGACUUCUGCAUGCACAAGAAAGUGCAACUGGGGAAGUGUGUGUUUGUGUGUGUUGCAGGGGAGGAGUUUCACAUUGACUUACAUGUCCAUUCAGUCAGAGAGAGAGUCAUUACCAUCUUUCCGUUCAGUUUUUUUUCCCCCUCUCUCUCUCUUUCUCCCUCUUCUACAAUGCAAGUCAAAUGUGCCUCGUCUUUGUGGAGUUCUUGUGGAGGACUAGUCCUUGCAGGGAGGAGUGGUCUGGCUCGCUCGUGCUCGACGUCGCCUUGAACGCAGUACCGUCGCAGAACACGGACGCAAGCCGACGCAUCUGAAGAGAAAUCCGACAUUGAGCCGCAUUCUCGGGCUAUGUCGGCCCUGUGAUCGCCGACGCGGAGAAAAGGAGCGAGUGCAGACGGACGAACGGCGCAGCCCCUAGCCGCCUCCACCCCUGGGCCACCCAGCCUCCCUCCUUCCAAACAUGUCAACGCAGGCCAAAGUGAAGAAGGACAAAGAGAUUAUAGCCGAAUAUGAAAGCCAAGUGAAAGAGAUCCGUAACCAGCUGGUGGAGCAGUUCCGUUGUUUGGAGCAGCAGUCUGAAUCCCGCCUUCAGCUGCUGCAGGACCUGCAGGACUUCUUCCGCCGGAAGGCCGAGCUCCAACUGGAGUUCUCCAGAGGCUUGGACAAACUUGCGGAGCGCUACUCGUCUAAGAUCCGCACUUCCAGAGAGCACCAGCAUUUCAAAAAGGACCAAAAUAUUUUGUCCACUAUCAACUGCUGGUACUUGGUCCUGGACCAGACCCGGCGGGAAAGCAGAGACCACGCCACACUCAGCGACAUCUACAACAACAACGUCAUUGUCCGCCUGACGCAUGUGGGCGAUGAUGUCCUCAGACUUUUCAAAAAGAGCAAAGAUAUUGGCGUGCAGAUGCAUGAGGAGCUUGUGAAAGUUACCACUGAGCUCUACACAGUGAUGAAGACGUACCACAUGUACCACACGGAGAGCAUCAGCGCCGAGGGCAAGCUGAAGGAGGCCGAGAAGCAGGAGGAGAAGCACAUCGGCAAGGCCAACGACAUCAGCGCCGCCUUGCUGCGAUACGGUCACGACGAACGACCGCAGCGACGGAGCUCUGUGAAGAAGAUGGAGAAGAUGAAAGAGAAGAGACAAGCCAAGUAUUUUGAAAACAAACUCAAGUGUACAAAAGCCCGCAAUGAUUAUCUUCUCAAUCUGGCAGCCACUAAUGCUUUGGUGGCGAAAUACUAUAUCCACGAUGUGUCCGAUAUGAUCGAUUGUUGUGACAUGGGGUACCAUGCGAGCUUGACGCGGACCCUGAGAACCUACCUGUCGGCCGAAUAUAGCCUAGAGACGUCUCGCCACGAGGGUUUGGACGUUCUAGAAGGAGCAGUGGAUGCCAUGGACGUCCGAGGAGACAAGCACAAGUUCAUGGACGCUCACUGUCAGAUGUUCUGUCCUCCUGCACGCUUUGACUAUCAGCCGCACAUGGGGGACGAGGUGUGCCAAGUGAGCGCGCAGCAGCCUGUCCAGACGGAACUCUUGAUGCGCUACCAGCAGCUUCAGACUCGCUUGGCAACGCUCAAGAUAGAAAAUGAAGAGGUGAGAAAGACCCUGGACGCCACCAUGCAGACCCUCCAGGACAUGCUCACAGUGGAGGACUUCGAUGUGUCCGAGGCCUUUCAGCACAGUCAGUCCACAGAGUCGGUCAAGUCGGCCUCCUCUGACUCCUACAUGAGCAAGGCCAACAUCUCGAAGAGACGCGCCAAUCAGCAGGAUACCGAGGGCUUCUACUUCUCUAAAUACAAAGAGUACUUGAAUGGCAGCAACCUUAUUGUCAAACUUCAAGCCAAGCAUGACCUUCUGAAGCAGACACUGGGAGAAGGGGAGAGGGCUGAAUAUGGAACAACAAGGCCCCCCAUACUUCCCCCUAAACCUCAGAGAAUACGGAAGUCUAGACCUUGCUCCGUUUUUAGGCGUAAGCUGUUUAACGGCAAUUUGGAGGCCUUCAUCCAGGACUCAGGACAGCCCAUACCAGUGGUGGUUGAGAGUUGCGUCCGAUACAUCAAUCUCUAUGGUCUUCAGCAGCAAGGUAUAUUUCGAGUUCCGGGAUCCCAAGUGGAAGUCAACGAUAUUAAAAAUGCAUUUGAAAGAGGAGAAGAUCCGCUGGUGGACGAUCAGUCAGAUCAUGACAUCAACUCUGUGGCCGGGGUUCUUAAACUCUAUUUCAGGGGUCUGGAGAAGCCGCUUUUCCCUAAAGAGCAUUUCCUUGACCUCAUAUCCACUACGAAGCUGGACUUUGGUUCCGAUAGAGCUCAUCACCUUCAGCAGAUUGUUGCCACUCUCCAGCAGCCUGUGGUCGUCGUCAUGAGAUACCUGUUUGCCUUCUUAAACCAUCUAUCGCAGUACAGUGAUGAAAACAUGAUGGACCCUUACAACCUGGCUAUUUGCUUCGGCCCCACACUGAUGCCCAUACCGGAGGACCAGGAUCCCGUGGCCUGCCAGGCGCACGUUAACGAGGUCAUUAAGACGAUCAUCAUCCACCACGAGGCAAUAUUCCCAGCCCAGCGUGAUUUGGAGGGACCUGUGUAUGAGAAGUGCAUGGCUGGAGGCGAAGAAUACUGUGAGAGCCCACACAGUGACGCUGGUGCUCUUGAUGAGGUGGACAACGGUACCGGACCCAACACCAGUGAUGAUGAGCUGGAGCAGAUAGAAGCCAUCGCGAAGUUCGACUAUGUGGGCCGAACUCCCAGAGAGCUUUCCUUCAAGAAAGGAGCCUCUCUUUUACUCUACCUGCGAGCUUCUGAGGACUGGUGGGAGGGUCGACAUAACGGUGUGGACGGACUCAUCCCACACCAGUACAUUGUGGUGCAGGACAUAGAUGAGGCAUUCUCUGAAAGCAUUCAGAGAACUGACAGCGAGACCCGCAGUGGAUACCACGAUGACCGAUCCUCAUCCAGACAUGAGCACCAGUCUUUAUCCGAACACCCUCUCGAACGGCGCUAUGGUGCACCACUGGGAAGGGCUAGAGUGAGGUCGGAUGGCGCUCCACUUCAGCGCCACAGGAACGGCGACGGCCACAGCCCCAGCAGACCCGCCGACGGGCCCCCGAGGGUCGCGCCUCGGCCCUGCAGCCCUCACAAAAUAGCUGUGAGCAGGGGUUUGACAGACAGUCCGGAGAAGCGCCGACUGGCCACCUUCGGGGCCGCCGGACACCCUCAGCGGUCGUCCCCCAUCACAACUCGGCACACGAGCGUAGGAGACCGCAAAGCCCUGGAGGCGGAAGCGCUCGCUGAGGACAUUGAGAAAACAAUGAACACUGCCCUGCACGAGCUGUGUGAGCUGGAGCGGCAGAAUGUUGCCAAACACGCUCCCGAUGUGGUCCUGGACACGCUGGAACCUCUCAAACACCCCGGCGGUGGCCAGGACAUACCCGGAAGCCCCCUGCACACCAUGGUCAUCAGAGAUCCCGAGGCGGCCCAGCGGCGGAGCAGCAGCAGCUCCUCUUCGGAAACCAUGACCACGUUCAAACCCGCCCUGGCGUUGCGCAGGCCCAACGCGCCCGUCAGACCGCCGCCCGUCAGACCGGUCCGGCCGGCUCCCGUGCUCACGCAGGGCCAGGGGCCGCACCGUUCCAGCAGCUCCAGUUCGUCAGGUCUGGGCAGUCCGGGCAUGACUCCUACUGACAGGGUUUUCCCCAAAGCUCCUUCCCCUUCACCAUCCACCUCGUCCUCCUCCUCAGACAAACAGGGUAACAUGUAGUAGCACCAGUCAGACAUGAAACAAAUAUUGCAGAACAAAGUCUGAUUGCCUUCACUCAACCUAAACGCCACCAAAUCUUUAGUUGGUCACUCCAACUGCUGGUUCUUCUCAAAUCUCCACUCACACCUUGACUUAAAUAGUCAAUAAUACACUUACUUAGCAUAGAUGCUGAAUUUAAAAUGGAUGCACUGGAAAAUCCUUUUGUUCACCAAUAAUAUGGACCAUGUCAGUGACUUUAUUAGGAUACAAAUAUGCUGUGAGCUGGAACCUUUGCACCCUCGCCGGUAUGAGGCAAGGGAGUAGCACAGCACUAGGUUGUCUGUUAAACUCUUGGGGACGUACUGAUUGAAUGAAAGGUAGCUAGUGUGAGGCUCAAAAGGACAUUUGUGCACGGUGUAACGACGUUUGCUGGAACUGUCACGAGCUAUCAGGAUGCUGCGGAUUAAAUGCAGUGAUGGUUUUGAAUUGUGACUCCCUCCAGUGGUAGUAGCGAGUAUUUAACUGGUAUCGCCAUAUGGAUGGCAGCUGAAUAGUUUUACACACCAAAACAUUCUUAGGGGGGGAAAAAAGUGCAACAUUUAUAGAACAAACUGAUUUAAUGCCAUUAAUAAACUAGAGACGGAUGCCAGCCCAUGAAAAAAUAGCAUUCGUUUGAUGUCUCUCAAGGGCAGUUGCUCACAUGCACACUGUAUAUCCUCCAAUAGUGGCCUUGACUUUAAUGGAAGCCGUGUUUCAAUUAUUCCCACUUGAAGAAGUGAAUGCCUCUCCCCUAAUAAAUAGCAGUGGGUCUUGAUAAAACUAAUGAAGGGAGCGCUUUAUUCGUUAGACAAAUUUAAAGGUGCAAUGUUAUGCCCAAAAUCACAGUUCAGUAGGUGCCUUGGGUUUGAGCUCACAGUUCACAUCACGUACAGUCAGACCCAAAAGGCAAAACCAACUGCUUAUCUUUUGUGGAAAUAAGGACUGAUUUAAUGUAAUUUCAAAUGAAAUAUCAACAGUCUUAAUUAUUAUUAUUAUUUUUUUUUUAGUUUUAGGAAAGCACAGACGUUUUUCUUUGAGGACAAUGAAAAAUCCCGACAAGUGCAAAAGUAACACGACAUCUACUAGCCAGAGAGUGCGCUGCACUGUGUUUGUUUACAGCAUUGGCCGUGUGGCUAGAGCGAGAGACAGUUCCACAUUUGACUUAGUAUGUUCUGUGUGGGAACCCUAAGAAUUGGCCCACCCCAUUAGAUAAUUGCCCCCACAAUUUGUCGUUAUCAAUCUUAUGGCUAGCUUUGAGCAGAAGUUAAGUAAACAUUGGGGCAAGUGCUCCCAGGCCACAUCAAAUGACAAGGACCUGGCCCACAAACCUUGAGUUUGACACCUGCGCUUAUACAAAACCAAGCCACGAGAACUGGGUUGAAAAGAAACAAAUCACUAAUUAAUAAAACAUACUCCAAAAAUAAUCCACCGUCGGCUUGAUCUCACAGCCAUGCAGCAAGUGCAAAUUUACAGGCAAGUAUCAAUUCCCUAUUGAAAACAGACAUUAAACAAGCAUUUGGACAAAGGCCUCCUCUCAAAUACAUAUAUCCCUUUAAAUACCCCUCGCCACUAUUUGAGGAAAACUGUACAGUAUAAAUGUGAAUGCCACUUCUCAAGUUCAGCAUCGAAAGCACAAAUGUGACUUGUUGGUUUACGCCUGUUUUACCGUCUCCGCUAACAGUGCGAUAGCAUGUUAGCAUCGGUGACCUGCUACCUUUGAACUUUUAUCUAUGGACAGACUGACCAAGCACAAUCAAAAUGUAUGUUUGUUUGCUAAAGUUACUUAAAUAGAAACAUCUCCUGAACAUUGGCACUUUGUAAAGGAUUAACCACACACACCAUUCCUCUAACUUUUACAUAGAAAAUAAAGAAAAUAGCAGUCAUAUAUAAAUAUAGUUAAAAACAAAAAACACAAACAAAAAACAUCAGAAACCUAGUAGACUUCCUGCCAUGAACUAAUGCACUUAAAAACACAGGAAUUGUGCUGCUUCCGUGUUGUUGAUUUUGUACUAGAAACUUGAUACUAGCACAUCAAUGAAGCUUGGGGCCGCGUCUAGACCGCACAUGGAGUCUCUUUCGGUGAGCUUGUUUACGCUCGGUGGUCUUUGUCGUCCAUCUCAUCAGGAUGAUCAGUAUAUCUUUUCCAGUGUAACAGGUACGUUUGACCCAAUGCAUACAUGCUGUUAAAAUGAUGACUUGUACAAAUAACAAUGUAUGAUAGGAACAGGAUAUAUUAUCAUCUCUAGUCUGUAGAUGUUUUUUGUAACUCUUAUCCUUGCACAAGCAUUAAUUAAAAGACUUCAUCGGGG